CUCGUUUGGGGAUAUUUCUGCAUAUUAGUGCAUCCUUCCUAUGUGAAGACACCUCUGGACCUAUUUGAUUCUGGACCCAAAUAUAUUAGACAUCAAGGCAGUUCAGCACAGGAACAAAAUCGUUCGUGAUUUCAAAAUUUCCCAUCUCUUCCCUGGCACGUAGUUCAUCAUGACAGUGGAGGGCAGCCCAGACAGGUUAAUUGAGCCCAGACCAAUGGAGUAUUCAGGCCGGAAUCAGACAACACCACAAGCCAAAUGCUGUUCACCAACUCUGAAGAUCUUUAUUGGUUUACUUGCCGUCUGUUAUUUUACAAAAUCCCUGAUGGGGGCUUACACCAAAAGCACCAUCACUCAGAUUGAGAGGCGGUUUGAGAUCCCAAGCUCCACAGUUGGUAUCAUCGAUGGCAGCUUUGAAAUGGGUAAUCUGUUGGUCAUUACUGUUGUUAGCUACUUUGUCGCUAAGUUUAACAGGCCCAAGAUCAUUGGAUCAGGGGUCCUGUUGAUGGGGAUAGGGACUCUAUUAAUGGCUUUACCUCACUUCAUCAUGGGCCGGGGACCACACUGUUUUGUGCCGGUGGAGCAGGAAACCAGCAUGGCAGAGCUGAUGGAGCAGGGGACCAUCACAGUGGAACAGGAGACCACCAUGGUGGAACAGAAGGCCAUGGGGAAGAGUGUGACCAUCACCCCUCAGGACUCUCGCUGGGUUGGGGCCUGGUGGCUGGUUUAUGUGGUGGCUGGGCUGUUGACUCUUCUUGCUGCUUUGCCUCUCUGGUUCCUACCAAGAGCUUUACCUGAAAACCCCCAAACCUCUAAAGCAUAUCACCCCUCAAACCAACACAAACACACACUCAGCAUUACAGAGAUUGCCAAAGAUUUUGGGCCAUCUCUAAAGCGUCUGCUCACCAAUGGGAUCUAUCUCUUGUACCUGGUUUACAGUGUAUUGGCAUUCAAUGCCUUUGCCAUUGUCAUAACAUACACGCCAAAGUAUUUGGAGCAGCAGUUUGGACAAAGCACAUCCAAGACCAAUUUUCUCAUAGGAGUGACGUCUAUUCCACCAGUGGCUCUGGGUAUGUUCCUGAGUGGUUGGAUAAUGAAGAGAUUUAAACUAGGUCUGCUGGGAUCUGCAAGACUGAUGUUCUUCACCUCUGUAACCUCGUUGAUUUGCAUAAUACCUUACUUUGCUCUCAGCUGUGAAAACAUAGAUGUCGCUGGGGUCACAGUGCCCUAUCAAGGAUCUAUUGAAGUUCAAGAUAUAAGCCGUGAUUUACUCACUUCUUGCAAUGCUGACUGUGGGUGUCCUGACUUCCUAUGGGAUCCAGUGUGUGGACAGAAUGGAGUGACCUACAUCUCUCCUUGUCACGCUGACUGCUAUUCCACUCGGGGCACAAGACAGAAUAUGACAUUCCAUGGCUGUACAUGUAUCCAGAGCUGGGGACUGACUUCUGGGAAUUCCUCUGCAGUGCUUGGACAGUGUUCGCGAGAGAGUAGCUGCACUAAAAUGUUCUACAUCUAUCUGGCACUGCAGUCUCUCGCCUUCUUUGUGUACUGUCUGGGCACUGUUCCUUUCUUCCUCAUCUCAUUGAGGAUUGUGGAUCCUGUGCUGAAGUCUCUCUCAGUGGGAAUACUUCUGUUAGUUUUAAGAGUUUUUGGUGGUAUUCCUGCUCCCAUUUGCUUUGGAGCUCUUAUUGACUCGACUUGUCUGAAAUGGGGCCAAAAUAAAUGCGGUGGAAGAGGUGCAUGGAGUAUGUAUGACAUUGAAACUUUCAGGUACCUAUUUCUGGGACUGGUCAGCUCUCUUCGGGCAUUUAGCUAUACCCUAUUAUGGAUUUUCACCACACAGAUUAAGAGGAAAGUACAAAACGAUAAGCAAAUGUCCAAGAACAUAGAACUCCAAUACCCUGUGCUAUGUUAUCCAGAACAGUAA